CAUGCAGCGCGCGGCGCGGGCGGCCCUGUGGGCUCUGCUCCUGCCGCGGCGGCCCCGCCGGCCCCUGCCCGGCCCGCGGCCCCUGCCUCUGCCCCGGCCCGGCCCGCUCUCCCUGCCCCGGCCCCGCCGCUGCGCCUCCAGCGCCGCCGACACGCGCCCGCAGCACUAUCGCCUGGUCUACACCUGCAAGGUGUGCCAGACGCGAUCCGCCAAAACCAUCUCCAAGGCCGCCUACCAUCACGGCGUGGUGAUCGUGACGUGCCCCGGCUGCGGCAGCCACCACGUCGUGGCCGAUAACCUGGGCUGGUUUUCAGACCUGCAAGGAAAGAGGAAUAUCGAGGAAAUCCUGGCAGCCAAAGGAGAGAAGGUGAGACGUGUGGCUGGUGAGGAAGCCUUGGAGCUGCUUCUGGAGAGCUCGGCAGAGACGGGCUCUGGAGGUCAAUCCACAGAGGGAGAAGGUGGGGAAGCUCUCCCAGACACUGGUGGGAAGGGACAGACCUGACCCAUGGGACUGGUGGAGUUGUGCUGAUGGCAAGAGAGAGACUCUUAACCUUAAUUUACUGAUCUCAGUGGGAAAUGUCUGUGUUUAAAAUAAACUCAGGCACUUUGUGGUGUGUC